CUCACGUGGUGACGGACUUGUUCUUAGUUUCUUAGUGUCGCGCAACACUUGCUUGUUCACUUUCAUCCUGUCGAAGGAUUACCUGCAAUACAAGACUACAAUUCCUCACUCUCGUGCCCAAGAGCUGAAAAGCGCAUGCACAGCAGCAAGUAAUGCGACGAUGAAAAAGACUGGCGCUAUUGCCCAUGGGCCUAAACCGACUAAAGCAUGCGGCAAAUGAAAUGCGUGGCUGACGGCAAGCCGCCAUGUCGCCGAUGUCGCCACACCAAUGCUGCCUGCAUUUUCAGACCUAGAUCAAAUGCUGCAACUACAGCUCGAGACUUGGGGCCCAUACUACAGACAUCGAUGGAUCCCAGCCCCGAGAUGCCGUCGAUCCUCAGCCGAUUAGAUCGCAUCGAAAGAAGAUUAGGUAUAUACCAAAGAGAAGGCUCGUUGCCGCUUAUCAGUGAAGGCUUAGAUGAUGACGAGAGAACCGGGUGUCCUCGCCUAUGGAACGCUGUCACACAUCUGAAGAGCAUCACGCGGCCACCUCAAGAGGAUGCGAUCUGGACCCGUCCUAUCGUCAGACACCUCUGGAACUCCUUCGUCGAGAACCUGCCACUCCUCCACUUCCUCAAAGACCAAAGCGCAUUCGCAUCGCCAUCUCCCCUUCUCCUAGCGUCCAUCCUCUACAUAUCUGCCUUGCAUGGAUCGUCGAAAGACCUCGGCGAGUUUGCAAAGGGUUAUUUCGUCGCUCAAUGCUGCGCCAUCGCCGAGCUCGUCCUCCCACCUAAUAUACUCCCCGACAACAGCCCCCAAACCACCCAAUCCCCAACAGAGCCCAUGGCCUACCAGAACAUCCUCGGUCUCAUCAUGGCCAGCCUCAGCUCCGAAGCUUACGUGCCCGUCACCGGACACUGGAUCGCCCUGGCUUACCGCCUCUUCCUCGAUCACACCCUUCCCACCACCGCAGAAACCGGCACGAGUCAGGACUGGGGCGGCCUCUUCUCCGGCCUCCAGGUCAUCGACAUCGAGCACGCAUCCAUGCACAUGUGCUGCCCUUUGCUGCCGGAACACCCUCCAACCGCAGCCCUCACUUCCUUCCACAGCAACGACAACGAGGAUGAAGAGCAUGCCUUCCGCGGCCUCUCGCAGAUGAUGCACCAAGGCCUCAGCCACUUCGUCGGCAGGGGCCUUCCCACGAUCUGGUCCUUCGUGAGCAGCGCACGGGAACCCGACAAUCCACCCUCAAUCCGAACCUCCUUCACGGACGAAGACGCCCGGGUCAUCCGCCUGUGGGCAAGAAAGUUGGACGAUUGGCUGAUCAGGUAUAACAGGACAUCGCAGCGAACCCCCUCCAACCGCCAAGGCAUCCUCAUCCUCCUCCAAUACCACCUGCACAAGCUUUACGUGCUAUCGAUCUACCACCCAGCACGGGGCUUCGAUCUAGGCUCUUCAGCGGAUAUCGCCCCGGCCGAGAGACACGAGUUGCUGGUGUCCGCUCGCGCGGUGGUGCGGUUGCGGUUGGACGACUCGAGCAUCUGGUCGAAUUGGGACUUGAUCAUGAUCACCUUCGCGGCUAUGCUACUUCUCCGCGGCAUCGAGGACGGUAUGUCCCACCCAGACGACCGCUACCUGAUCGAGAAACACAUCGCCAAGCUGAAACCAAGCCAUCCGUCCAUUCCAAGCAUCCAUCACGUCCUAGCGGAGCGCCUCGAAUCCAAUCUGCAGGCGAUGCACACGCCGCCGGAGGUAGCUUUGACUAUCGGCUACCCGCCGCCAGAGUCCGAGGCCGGGGACUACUCCUGGGCCAUUUUUGACCAGGAAAUCUUGUCGCUGGCGAAUCCGCCGUGGUUAUUUGAGGAUAUCUCCGGCGGCGGCGGCGGCGGCAGCGGCGCGGACCAGAUGCAGAAACGCGCGAACCAGUUCGUUUCACCGGACGGGUUGGCUAUGGGUGGUGGUGGUGGUGUUGGGGUUAUGGAAGGUGGAUAUCAUCUGUGAUGGUGCCAGUUGGUUGUGCAUUCAAAUGAAAGAUGGUAAAGAACAUCAAAUUGUGGGUUGCGAGCGGGAUUGUUUUACCAGAACAACAUGAUUCAUAUACCGCGCUGCACAGGCAGCUGGUCCCCUAAGUAAAGGCGCAAUCUCUCUCGUAAGUCAUUUCAUAUU